GGGACUGACCUCUAGCUGUGCAGCCGGAAGGCGCCACGCGCCCCCUCCCCCUCCGGGCAGCCCCCCUCGGAGCGCCCGCCCCGCUCCCCGAAACCGAUCCGCACAUGGUGAUGAGUUUCCGGGUGUCUGAGCUCCAGGUGCUCCUUGGCUUUGCUGGCCGGAACAAGAGUGGACGGAAGCACGAGCUCCUGGCCAAGGCCCUGCACCUCCUCAAGUCCAGCUGUGCCCCCAGCGUCCAGAUGAAGAUCAAAGAGCUUUACCGCCGGCGCUUCCCCCGCAAGACACUGGGGCCCUCAGAUCUCUCCCUUCUCUCUUUGCCCCCCGGAACCCCUCCUGUGGGCUCCUCUGGUCCUCUAGCUCCCAUCCCCCCGGCCCUCUUGGCCCCUGGCACCUUGCUGGGCCCCAAGCGUGAAGUGGACAUGCACCCCGCUCUGCCCCAGCCUGUGCACCCUGAUGUCACCAUGAAGCCAUUGCCCUUCUAUGAGGUCCACGGGGAGCUCAUCCGGCCCACCACCCUCGCGUCCACCUCUAGCCAGCGGUUUGAGGAAGCGCACUUUACUUUUGCGCUCACACCCCAGCAGGUGCAGCAGAUCCUCACGUCCAGAGAGGUCCUACCGGGAGCCAAAUGCGAUUAUACCAUCCAGGUGCAGCUAAGGUUCUGUCUCUGUGAGACCAGCUGCCCCCAGGAGGAUUAUUUCCCCCCCAACCUCUUUGUCAAGGUCAAUGGGAAACUGUGCCCCCUGCCGGGUUACCUUCCUCCUACCAAGAACGGGGCUGAGCCCAAGAGGCCCAGCCGCCCCAUCAACAUCACACCCCUGGCUCGACUCUCGGCCACUGUUCCCAACACCAUCGUGGUCAACUGGUCAUCCGAGUUUGGACGGAAUUACUCCUUGUCCGUGUACCUGGUGAGGCAGCUGACGGCAGGGACCCUUCUCCAAAAACUCAGAGCGAAGGGCAUCCGGAACCCAGACCACUCCCGGGCACUGAUCAAGGAGAAACUGACGGCUGACCCGGACAGUGAGGUGGCCACUACAAGUCUCCGGGUGUCACUCAUGUGCCCGCUCGGGAAGAUGCGCUUGACCGUCCCUUGUCGUGCCCUCACCUGCGCCCACCUGCAGAGCUUCGAUGCUGCCCUGUAUCUGCAGAUGAAUGAGAAGAAGCCAACGUGGACGUGUCCUGUGUGUGACAAGAAGGCUCCCUAUGAAUCCCUUAUCAUUGAUGGUUUAUUCAUGGAGAUUCUUAACUCCUGUUCGGAUUGUGAUGAGAUCCAGUUCAUGGAAGAUGGAUCCUGGUGCCCAUUGAAACCCAAGAAGGAGGCAUCUGAGGUUUGCCCCCCGCCAGGGUAUGGGCUGGAUGGCCCCCCGUACAGCCCAGUCCAAGAGGGCAAUCCAUCAGAGAAUAAGAAGAAGGUUGAAGUUAUUGACCUGACAAUAGAAAGCUCAUCAGAUGAGGAGGACCUGCCCCCCACCAAGAAGCACUGUCCUGUCACCUCCGCUGCCAUCCCGGCUCUGCCCGGAAGCAAAGGGGUCCUGGCAUCCGGGCACCAGCCGUCGUCCGUGCUGCGGAGCCCUGCGCUGGGCGCGCUGGGCGGGGAGUUCCUGUCCAGCCUCCCGCUGCCCGAGUACCCACCUGCCUUCCCCCUGGGGGCGGACAUCCAAGGUUUAGAUUUAUUUUCUUUCCUUCAGACGGAAAGUCAGCACUACGGCCCCUCCGUCAUCACCUCGCUCGAUGAGCAGGAUGCCCUUGGCCAUUUCUUCCAGUACCGAGGGACCCCUUCCCACUUCCUGGGCCCACUAGCCCCCGCACUGGGGAACUCGCACCGCAGCACCACUCCAGCACCCCCUCCCGGCCGUGUCAGCAGCAUUGUGGCUCCUGGGGGGGCCUUGAGGGAGGGGCACGGAGGACCCCUGCCCCCAGGUCCCUCUUUGACUGGCUGCAGGUCAGACAUCAUUUCCCUGGACUGAAUCCCCUGGGUUAUGGAACCUUCACUGUCUCCCAACACUGAGCAAGGAUGCUGUGGAGUCCAGAGCCCUGGCCACUCUGCCCCCGGGGUGGGGGGGGGUUUGGCCACAGGCAAGAAAGACCUUCACAGACACUAGUUUUUGGCCUCAUUUCUGUCUGACAAGGCCAGCGUCCAAAGGGUUAAUAUUUAACCUCUUUUAAAGGACAUUUGGGUCCUAUUUUUUGAAGUGUUCUUGAGAUGGCUGGCAUAUUCCUUUGGGUAUGUCAGCGGAGGCAGUGGGAGGCAAAUGGGAUGGGAUGGGAGUUGCGGGAAGGGUCCUCUGCUGUCCCCAGAUGCCCUCUCUUCCCAGUCCCCAAACCAUGGCUCAGUUCCGUCCCCGGAGCCACAGUCUCAUGUCCAUCCGUUCUCUUUGGCCAAACAGACAGAUGGAGAAACUAAGACAGACAGACACAUGGACAGAGAACUCUAUUUUGGGUUGUAGAUUUUUUGUACAUAAACAAGGAAAACCAAAACACAUCCAAAGAUGACUCCCCUGCCUCCUAAUCCCCCGUACAUCUCCCUGAGGAGACAAGGCCUUAGCCCUGACGCCCAGGAGUUUGGGAGCAGGGCCCGGCCUACGCCUGGGACUCUAUUUAUAUAUUUAAGUUCACAGUGUUUCUUACGCUGACCAGCCCCGGGCCCGAGCCGCUCAAGGCCCGCGGCCCUGCGGUGAGGUCGGGCUGAUUCUGCACCUUUCCUGGGAGGUGGAGGACCCGUGUUGUCCCCAGUCUCCUUUGUCAGGCUCCUCCAGGGCCUAGGACCUCUGUUGUAAUUGUACUUUUUAUUCCCAAAGUUGUAGCAAAGUUCUUACCCAUAAUAAAGGUUGUGAAUCUUC